AUGCCCCCAGAUCCAAGCGCCCUCAAAAGGUACUGCCUAGUCACGGUCGGCGCAACCGUCGGCUUCCAGGAACUGACAAAACAAGUCCUCCAAGCCGCCUUCUGGCAGUUUCUCAGCGAACAAGGCUUCACAGCCCUGCACGUCCAGUGCGGACCAGACGUCCCCUGGGCGAGCGUUCGACUCGCCAACCAGAAGGAGAAGCUGCCCGAGGGGUUCGAGGUCGACGUAUUCGACGUCAGGAAUAACCUGAUGAGGGACGAAAUGGUGCUCUGCCAGGCACGACCCGGACAGCGAGCCCAAGGCUUGGUCAUUUCACACGCAGGGACUGGGACUGUUCUCGACGCGUGGAAGAUGGGACUGCCUCUCAUCGUGGUCCCUAAUUCCCGGUUGCUGGAUGACCACCAGGCCGAAAUGGCUCAACAUCUCGCCAAGCAAGGCUACGCCACCAUGAGCUCCGCAGACCGCCUUGAUCUUCAGGAAGCGAUUCACAAGGCGGUCCUUCUUUGGGAAGAGAACAGGACUACGCGAUGGCCAGCCCAUCAUGUCGGGGGCAAGGAGAAGGAAGCUCUUAGGCUGUGGGACAUCCGGCCCAGGGAGGUACGAAAAGAAGAAAUAUCGCAGAUGUCUCAUGACUAG